UCGCUGAUUUGAUGACGUAGAGAAACGUACCGUUUGCGAGCAUAAACUAAACAGCAGCAGCAACAUUCAAAAAAGUUAUCAGUAUUUUGGAGCUACUAGCUACGUUUUCUACCAUACGGAGCAUUUAUUUCGCCAGAUAACACGAUCUCGUUUGUAUUUUAAGCUUAGGAAUCGAUAAUUUUGGUUCAAGAUGUCGUACAUGCUACCACAUCUCCACAAUGGCUGGCAGGUGGACCAAGCCAUCCUGUCUGAGGAGGACCGAGUCCUCGUCAUCCGCUUCGGACACGACUGGGACCCAACAUGUAUGAAAAUGGACGAAGUUCUUUACAGCAUCGCUGAAAAGGUGAAGAAUUUUGCUGUCAUUUAUCUGGUGGACAUCACAGAAGUGCCCGAUUUCAACAAGAUGUACGAGUUGUACGACCCCUGCACUGUCAUGUUCUUUUUUAGGAACAAACACAUCAUGAUUGAUUUGGGCACCGGUAACAACAACAAGAUCAACUGGACGAUGGAGGACAAGCAGGAGAUGAUAGACAUUAUUGAAACAGUGUACAGAGGAGCGAGAAAAGGAAGAGGUCUGGUGGUGUCUCCAAAGGAUUAUUCUACAAAAUACAGAUAUUGAUUUUUCUCUUUCUUCUUUUUUCCUGAGUGUUCUUUUUCUGAUGUUUUGUGACACCACGCAGAGACUACAAAUUACAGAAGUCAAGGAAUAUCUUUGUCAGCGUUUUUGUUUUUCCAGUGAAAGAGGACAAUAUUCGUGUUAACGGUCAUGAUUGCGUGACAUUGUGCCAUUUGUAUUUUCUGUGUGUAGAUUACAGUUUUAUUCAGUUUCUUCAAUAUCAAGUUGUUCCUUGUGGUUUUUAAAAACUUAUUCCUGUUAAACAAGUGCUGAACAGACCAGACACGCCUCAUAUUUAAAUGGAAUAAACGUGGACUUUUUGCACAGGGA